GGCGGAUCUCCAUUUUGAGACCUCUAAGGAGCCGUUUCAUGUCGAUCAUCGAUAGGUAGUGUGGUACUAGUGAAAUAACGGGGCCGCGGAGCUCCACCGAGAAAUUCUUCACUGCACAAUCGGAAUCCAUCGGAGCUUUUGCGCUCUUGCAGCUCCUUCCAAUCAGACGGGUGCGUCUCUUCGUAUGAAACAAGAUGUCUUGCCUCAACGGAGUGAUCCAAAGGAUAUGCGGUGGCUCGACCGCGUCAUCGGAGAUAAUAACCUCCGCGGCGGGCGACGCGCUCUCUGGCAUGGACCAGAUGAAGCUUGCGGUGCCGCCACUGAAACUUCCCAACAGCUCGGCCUCCUCCUCGAAGCAAACCAUCGCCUCCACGGAAGGCGGGCUUGGCAGCUGUUGCGCCGGCGGGAGUUGCUCCAGUUCUUCGAGCAAGGAGCGUAAUGCCCCGUCGUCGUCGGAAGAAGAAGCCUCGGCACGAGCAAAUAACGCUGCUCCGGCGGAUCAUGAAAGUGGCAUGGCGUUUUACAAAGUGCUGUCCGCGCCGCCAGAUAGAAAGCCAACGAUGGCGUCCCCAGGAUCAAGCCACGGCGGAAAUCUCCGAUCCCCGGUGGGCAGCGGGGUGGGGGCGCCUUCCGCCGUCGGCGGGGUGUGUCGACGAGAUGAAAUUCUGCCGGGUCAGCACCCGAUAGACGAGGAAGAGCUGUUUGCAGCGAAGAAACGAGAAUUUCUCGACCAAGAAUCUGCAGUGCAAAAUCCCUUGUCGACGCGAUCAGACGAUGGGAGCGCAGCGAACGUGGUAAUAAAAGAAACUGUGUUAAUCAAUCUCAAUGGAUUUUGAUUUGACAACAUCCGCGCGUUCUCGUGUUUCUCGACGUAUGAAUGCUUUUCAUCUAACAAAACUUUUUAGGAAUCGCUAAUCUCCGCGGAGCAUCGCGAGCGUGAGCAGUUUCUUGAGGCUGCUGUAGACCAGGCAAACGAUGUGCAGAAGGAUUUUGACAUUGGUGUCACCUUAGGCACGGGAAGCUUUUCCAGGAUACGCUUGGCCUUGCUGAAGGGGAAGUUCGACGGCGAAGGCGGCUCGUUCGAAGUAGGCAAUAGCAGCUCAAGCUCAUCUCGAAAGAAGGAGAAGUUUAAUCCUUCGGUAAUCGCACCGUUGACUGGUUACAGUGCGGAAGACGGAGCGCAUUACCUGCCGUUUGCGCUGAAAACGCUGCGAAAACGCGAUAUUGUGCUGCUCAAGCAGGAGGUAGUGGGUGUUGCUUGAAAGUUCAAUUCAUCGCAGCAUAAUUACACUGGAGACUGCCAAUUUCGCAUCAAGCCACUUUUCGAUUUCCUGGGCUGUGCGUAAAAAUUCCAUUUCAUUCUCAUACCGAUAACUCAUGAUCAGGAACAUACAAUAAGCGAGCGCGAUGUGCUUGCUUUACUCCGAACGCAUCCGUUUAUCGUGACGCUGUACCGAGCGUAUCAGGACGAAAAAGCGCUUUACAUGCUUCUGGAGUACGUUCCGGGCGGAGAAAUUUUUACGGUGCUGCACCAUAUGGGCCGAUUUUCACACGAGAUGGCAUAUUUCUACGCCUGCCAGCUGGUUCUCACGUUUGAGUUCAUGCACCGCUACGAGAUUGCGUACCGGGACACCAAAGCGGAGAAUUUCCUUAUCGACGCGGUACUAGAACGAUGGAAGACAUCAUUUUUUGAUGCGUACUCACAAUGAAUUCCUCGUUCGAACUUGAGUGACUAUGUAUCAACAAACGCAUUUACGACAUUCAAGCCUGCCUCUUCACCACUAUCACAGCAAGGAUACCUCCGUGUUGUGGACUUCGGGUUCGCAAAGCAGUGCUCGGAGAAAACCCACACACUCUGCGGCACACCAGAGUACCUCGCGCCAGAAAUCCUGCUGAACAUUGGACACGACGUUCGCGUGGACUGGUGGUCACUCGGGAUCUUUCUCUACGAAAUGCUCGUCGGGGUAUUUGUUUUUCUUUAGAAAUAGAACAAUAGCAGCGUUACUUCCUCUUCCCUUGUACAACAACGACCCUACAUUAUGGUUGAUAAUCAGUUCCUGGCUCACCAGAUAGCUUUCAAGCUAUCAAAGAAGCUUGCACUCGCCUUGAUUUUUUCAUGUACAUGUUCAUGACAGUGAAAGAAAAAUUUUCAUCAGGUAACGCCCUUCAACUGCCCGGACAACCUGAUGGAGCUCUACAGGAAGAUCCUGGACACCGAAGUAAACCUGUGGGGCGAAGAAGCUGGAUUGCUCCAGUUUGAAGAGGAAGUCAUUCUUGGACUCCUUGUCUGCAACGCCGACCAGCGCUUAGGUGCAAAAGAGGGCGCGGCGGAGUUAAAGGCGCAGAAUUACUUCUUCGAAACGCCCUGGGACUACUUCUUGAGGAAAGAGGUACUGUUUUCAGCGUUUUCGACCUACACCAAUGGCCUGCAUGGUGCUGAGCAGUCAAGAUGCUGCGAGAAACUUCUGAAAAUGAAAAGACAGUAGGUAUUUUCAAAAAAUCAACCCUGCAUCACGCCUAGGUACCUUCGCCUUACCGACCCCCGUUGGACGGCGUUGCGGACACACAGCAUUACCAGACCUAUCCAGAUUCCGUCGUCGGUGACGAAGAUGACGUCGAGAUUCCGCAAGAUCUCUUCGAGGGAUUUGAGCACUUCUAGAACUACUAGGAAGUGGCCGUACAACUUACUACGUGGUUGUACCUAAGAUACUUCAUCGCAGUCGAUUACCACUGGCUGGAGUUAGCUUUUACACCUAAUGAACAGCAAGCUUUGACGAUGAUCUUUCCUCAAUUGACUUCUAUGUCUAUCCAAAAUACUUCUCGAACUUAUCUUUUUCUUCCUUUCGCAAAUAAAUCAGACACGGAAAUAAACCAUGUUUCACGGUUCAUUGUUGACUCCUUUGGCAAGAUCACGGCGCUCUAUAUUUUUUCCAAAAAAGUGAAAGGGUGCGGGGUGAUCUUGGCAUGAUAAUCUCGAUGGAGGUGCGGAAUGAUUUCUACUUCACACCAAGAUGACGAUUUUGGCGGUGCUAAGAAACUGCCCGGGACAAUUUUGCAGAUAGGAUGGCAAGGUUGCUGCUUCAGCAGUAGAAUGAAG